GUUGUGCUUCCCGACAGGUGACCGCGGCUGCAACGCGGGGACCCACGGGCGCCGGCUGGGGCGUCUCCCGGCGCGGGGUGGGAGAUGAAGCUUCUGAAGCCGUGGUGGUCGGCGGGUGGCGGCCUCCUGCACCUCACCUUCCUGCUGAGCUUGGCGGGGCUCCGCGUGGAUCUGGACCUCUACCUGCUGUUGUCGCCGCCCGCCCUGCUCCGAGAUGAGCUGCUCCUGGGCUGCCCGCCCCGCCCCGCCUACGCGCUCAGCCCCUUCCCCGCUUCGGGGGGCUGGGGGCGCGCCGGCCAGCUGCACCCCAAGGGCGAGGAGCCGGACCCCACGGCGCAGCUUGAGAGCCACCUGCUCCGCGAGGUGCGCGCGCUCGGAGUCCCCUUCAUCCCCCGCACCCGAGUGGAUGCGUGGCUGGUGCACAGCGUGGCCGCUGGGGACGCGGACCGUGGGCUGGUCGGCGCCAGUGUGGACGGCGGCAGCCAAACGGCGCCCGGUGGCGGCGGGGACCCUCGAGGGGCUCGCAGUAGCCCUUUGGCCGGCGCCGAGGAGGAGGAGGAGGCAGCGGCGGAACCGACGGCGCAGGUGCCGGACGCGGGCGGACGCGCGAGCCAGGAGAAUGAGGUACUGAGAGAUAAGAGUGAAGCUGUGGAUCAUAGUUCCCAACAUGAGGAAAGGGUGUCAGCCCAGAAGGGGAAAUUCUUGCCGCAGAGUAAUGAAGAUGAAAACCGAAUAGCAAAUGAACCUGACCAGGAGGCAGAAAAAACCACUGAAUCUAGAAAUGAGAGACAUUUAAAUUGGACAGAUAUAUCCUUCUCUCUGGAAGACUUUUUUCAGCUGCUUUCAUCACAGCAUGACUGUUCCCUGGAGGGAAACUCAUUGGAAGAUAUCCCACCUUUUCCAGGUAGUGUCAAUGAUGGCAUGAAUUCUUCAGCAUAUGAUUGUAGUGUAAAUCUUAGCCAGGCUAUAAGUCAUGAUGUGAAUCUUCAUGAAGCCCUGUUGCUGUGUUCCAACAACACAUUUAGAAGAGAUCCAGUAGUAAGAACUUCACAAGCUCAAGAACCAUUUCUGCAGUUGAAUUCUCAUACCAAUCCUGAGCAAGCCCUUCCUGAAACUAGUUUGACAGGGUAUCUUCCACCUGUUGACAAUCUGAUGCGGACUGCAGUAAGCCAAGACCUCCUCUAUGACCUUGAUGCAAACAUACUUGAUGAAAUAAACUUAAUGUCUUUGGCCACAGAGGAAGGUUUUGAUCCACUGGAAGUUUCUCAGCUUUUUGAAGAACCAGAUUCUGAUUCUGGCCUUUCCUUGAAUUCAAGUCACAAUAGCACAUCUAGCACAAAGUGUAACUCUUCUCACUAUAUGUAUGAUGGUGCUACAGGUCAUAGUAGUGAGCUUGAAUCUCUUUCCCGUCAUGAUUUAGAAGGGGCUGUAGGCGGCUACCCAGAACCCAGUGGUAAAUUUUGUCAUGUGGAUCAUAGGAACGCAUCUAAUUUUCAAGGGGAUCUUGAUUUUCAACACAUAUUUCAUAACCAUACUUACCACUUACGGCCAAAUGCACCAGAAGAACCCACUUCUGAAUCUUUUUCAUGGCCUAGAAAGUCACAGAAAAGGAGUAGGAAUCUGGAUGACACAGGCAGAAAUCUGAGCCGUGAUGAACGGCGGGCUAAAGCUCUACAUAUUCCUUUUUCUGUAGAUGAAAUUGUCCGCAUGCCAGUUGACUCUUUCAACAACAUGUUAAGCAGGUAUUACCUGACAGACUUACAAGUCUCACUCAUCCGUGAUAUCAGACGAAGAGGGAAAAAUAAAGUCGCUGCUCAGAACUGCCGUAAACGCAAAUUGGACAUCAUUUUGAAUCUAGAAAAUGACAUAUGUAACUUGCAGGCAAAGAAGGAAACCCUUAAAAGAGAACGAGCUCAAUGUAAUAAAGCUAUUGACCUAAUGAAACAGAAACUGCAUAACCUUUAUCAUGAUGUUUUUAGCCAGUUAAGGGAUGACCAAGGAAGGCCAGUCAACCCAAACCACUAUGCACUUCAAUGCAGUCAUGAUGGAACUGUUUUGAUCGUACCUAAAGAACUAGUGAUGUCAGGCCACAAAAAGGAAGUCCAAAAGGGAAAAAGAAAGAGUGAGAGAAGAAACUGAAGUUAUACUCCAUUUAUGUGGAGAAUGUCCUAAAAUUCAUUCCUUGUACCACAAACCAUUGAAACGGUUUCAAAGUUUAAUUCUUAUGAUUAGGACUCUUAACUGUUCUAUCUUGGUAUUUUAUUCAAGUGUUGUAUUUCUGAUCACUACUACUUGAAAUCAGGUUAAGAACACUUCUGAAGUUGAGGGGAAGGGAAGUCCUGUAUUAUGUGCAAGACCCAUAAACAGUGGUAUUUAAUUUGGAAACCAGUAGAAAUUUCUAGUCACUUCAAUGGCAGUAAGUAGGAUGGUCCUUCAGUAAAAGCAAAUGGGAGGGGUAUCUAAUUAUUUAAGAAAUGCACAGUAGCUUUAACAUCAUUUGUUAGCUAUUUUAAUUUUUGUGAUACUUAACUUGUAAAAAAACGAGCUUUUAUAUUUGAAAUUAAAAAGAAUCUUCCUUUUAUACAGAAAUUCCAAGUCCAAAGUUUUUUUCCCUUCAAAAUACCCACAUUCAGUAGAAUAUCUAGAAAACAUAGUAGCAGGGUAAUUUUAAAUUCAUACAAAUUAAUCAGACUCAAAUUGGGAUCAACAUAAUAUGCCAAAUACAGAGCUUUAAAAUACUGAGUACAUCAGACAUUAAUGCCUGAAAGCAAAGACCUGUAAGUUACUGGGAGUUUAGGCCAGUCUUAUAGCCUAUAUCUGCCUUUGGAGACAUACAUAUUAAGAAACCCAGAGUCCCUGACAACAGUAAAACCAACCUAAAUUUCUUGGAAGCACUGGAGUUUGAACUAGGCAUUUUUGCAUUUGCUAGGCAGGUGCUCUACUAUUUAAACCUCAAGUGUGGCUCCUAAAAUACUUUGAUCUCACCCAAACUGUUGUGCCAUAAAAAAAUAAGCCAUGAAAACAAACAGCAGUAAAUGGAUUAGUAAAGAACCAGAAGUAUUAAAAGGCUUUUAAAUGGGCAAAAGUAGCAUAAGAAAAACAGGUGGACUUGGAAAAUAAAAUAAUCCUGCAGUGAAUGAGAUGAAAAUUCCACUUAAUGAGUCACUUGGACAGGAGGCAGUAUUAUGAAGUUAGAUUAUAACCCAGAUUGUUUUAGGAUCAAGAUUUUAACAUGUACACUAAAUACUUUAUAGCAAUGUUACCAGAAACAAGAUUGUUGUGCUAUUUCUGCCAUAAAAAUCAGUCUUCCAAGGUGGAAUAUCACAAAGCCAUACCUUGUGGUUUACAGAAAUAGUGCUUAUGCUUUUUUUUUUUUUAAACAUUUCUCCCAUUCUUAAGGCACUUCUUUCAAGCCUACAAUUUGCCAUCAAAUGCUUCUAGAUACAAACAUCACCCUUCAAAUAGUUUUGCUCAAUGAUCUACAUAGUUCAGUCUGACAGGUUGCUUUCCUCAAGCACCAU